AUGCAAUCGAACCGAGACAAGGACCUGCUCAAACUGAAGGCUCACCUGAAGAACGUCGAGCGCGCAACGAACCUGAACCAGAAAACUGCCGCGACUUGCGAUGACGGUGCGCUCAUGGAGGCGUUGAGGGCCAUGGAGAAGAUUAAGCAGCCACUGCCGCGCGCGACUCUUCUGGGCCUGCUCCAACGCUACACCGACAAGCUUGCGCAGAGUAUCCUGCUCAAUGGUCGCAAUGAAGACGUCGAGAGGUUGUGGGCAGCCGUGGUGCCGUUCGGACCCGAGCAGGCACACAAGUCCAUUGUGGUGCGUGAGCCGAAGAUGUUUGUCUUAACGAAUGUUUUCGAGCCCAGCGACUUGGUCGAUAUUUUCAACAGGGCUAUCAUGCAGGGAGUCGUCGUCCCUUUGAUUAAUGGCACAACCAAGGCCUCGGAUGAGAAGUUCAUUACCCUGCACCGCGCGUGCCAGGCCGGCUUGAAAGCGUUGGAUAUUCCAGAGGACGGGGACAUCGAGGAGGAGUUCCUCACGCUGGCACUGAACGUCAGCACGUGCCUCAAGGCGCUAGUCUGCUUUAUGUGCCCCGACUUGGGAUCGGACGGGGACUUCGACGGCUACGAGGCGGUUUCUGACCUGUGCGAUUCGACAACCCAGGGGGAGGGCAAUAGGAUGGUCAACAUCGGCAACUCGAUUGUCGGAAAUGAAUACUUGGGUCCUCUAUUUGCAAAGCUGGCCGACGCAAAGGGUGCCAUCAUCGCGAACGGCCGCGAGAUCCAGGAGGUCGUGUCUGUUGCGAUCAAGUCUACCUCGUCGAUUCCCGAAGAUCGCCUGCACUCUAUCAGCGCGGCCCUGGUCGGGUGUGAGACGCACCAGCAGUCCUUGCCCCAUGAGUGCUUGAUUGGCUUGCCCAAGAAGGUCCUGGAGCUGCUCGAAGGGCUCGUCAACGACGCGCUCAAUGAGAAUACUGUCGCUCCGUUCACUGCCGACCAGCUGGCCGAGCUCCAAAGAGUCAUCAGCAAAGGGAGCCACGUCUUCCCCUUGGAGUCGAAGAUGGACGCUUGGACCGAGGCCGUCGGUUUGAAGCUCCACGAGUCUGGCAAGAACGAUUACUCGACCAGUUUGGUGAAGCUCGUCGACCUCGUGUGGGACAAGCUGGAGCCCAAGGACCUCGCCGAGAAGCUCACCAGCCUUCGUGCUUGGACCUGGAGGCACGACGUGGAGUUCACCGAUGAGAUCGCUGCGCAGCUGGCUAAUGCCAGGCUCGAGAUGCUGAAGAUGGUCUGGGUGGCGAUGGGUCGCACCGACGCCGAUGAGAAGUCGUCCCAGAUUGACGCCCUCCUGACGUGGACGGGCCACCUCGCCUCUACGGUGGCCGACGAACCAACCAGGAGGUUCCACACGAAGCAGAAUCACCUGUACAAGACAACCAAGACCGCGCUCAUGGCUCUCACUGCUGUCAAGGCUUCAGGGGGUGAUGUAGUCGAGCGCGUCAAGAACGACAAGGACAUGUCCAAGAGCCGUCGCGCCCUCCGCGCGGACGAGUCCCUGGCUAAGGCCGUGAACUUGGUGAAGGCGUGCAGUGAGACUUGGGAUGAGAACGUGCUCGUCGAGAACCUGGACACCGAGUUGUCCCAGCUCAUGCCGGAGAUCGGGACGCAGAAAGUGAAGUUGCUGCUUGACGGGGUUCAGGAGCAGAUGGACACCGUCAGGACGUUCAAGGGCGGGCACCCCGACGGCGACGGCAGGAGCUGGCAAGUGGGCAUCCCCCCCGAUUCCGAGCCGUGGGAAGCGUUCGUGACCCAUUGCAAGGGCACUCUGCUGCAGGUGAACCUCGAGAGGUUGGAGAAGAGCCUCGAGGACAUCGAGCGUGUGUCAGCGGCUGUCGCGACCCUGUUCACUGAGUACAUGCCCGAGUUCAAGGAUGCCUACGCGGUGGACCGCGAGGAGGUCAUGAAGGAGUGCCAGCUCACUGUGGCUGCCCACCGCGUCAUGAACGCGAUCGCCACGGUCACCGACAAAGUCGUGUUGCGCACGACGCUCAAAGACACAACGCAGAACUACAUGGUCAACCGCAAGCUGAAGGUUGCGGAGUUCCCCGAGAGGCUGGCGAAGGCGGUGUCCCAGGGCCUCAAGCAGCAGACCAUCAAGGGCUAG